UGGCAGCCGGGGAGAAAUCCCCCCCCGCCGGGCAGUGACCCCGAGCGCUGCUAGGAAUCGGCCUCCCCCGAGGCCGUGCCUCAGUUUCCCCGACCUUCGGUGGCCUCCGCGAGGGUCAAUGCCCGCGGGCGCCGCAAGCCGUCCCCCGGCUCCUCGUCCAGCUGCGCAGCGGCCGUUUGCGUCCUCGGCAAACGCUUUCAAUUCUCAUUUUGUCUUAAAAAAAAGAGGAAAAGGCUCGAGCGGUCCCCGGGCAGGCCAAGGCUUGUCCCGGCUGCCCCGGGAGCGAGGCGAUGCUGGCCGAGCCGGACACCGUGUCUGCGGGUUCACUCUGUACCCGGGGCUGGUUGAGCAUUGCCACCAAAAUAACAGGAGCUGGGGCUUGCAUGGAAAACCGGAGCUCCGGGAUGGGAUGAGGGUUUGCCCGGGCGUUUGGCAGCCGGGGCGGCGGCGAGCUCUUCACUGCGUCCCAUCCUUCGCGGCUCGAAGCGGGGGGUUUGUCAAGCCUGGUUUUGUGCCAGCCACACUGGGAAAUGCCGAUACGGGCGGCUGGUUUGCCCGAAGCGAUACCGCGGCAAGCGAGAACCUCGCGCGGGGCUGGGCUCUGCCAGGCGGGUGCCUCCAGCCGAUGUCACCCGCGUGCGCCCGCGGUGCCCCCUCGCUGGCCGCGGCGCGGAGCAGGGUGCUUUUGGGCAGCGGCGGAGGCAGAAAGGGGUUAAAAGCGAGUUGCACCAACUCCUCCCCUCGCCCGCGGGGCGGGUGGCUCACCUGUCCCCGGGCACCCAGCACCGCAGGGUGGGAGCCGGGUGCAUCCCAGCGAGACGGGUGGGCCGCCCCGAGCCCCCGGCACCCCGAGGCCGCCGCUCACCCCACGGCAGUGCGCAAGGAGCCGGCGAGGCCGCCCGGCCCCGUGUACCUCAACAUCCAGGAGCUGCGGGAAGAAGCGGCGGCCGCCGGCUUGGCCCCGCCGGGCCGGGAGGAGCCCCGCGGCUCCCCGGCCGCUUGGGAAACCCACACGGACACGGACAGUGGACACUUGUUUUAUUACAACCCGCUCACUGGCGAGACCACGUGGGAUUGCCCCUUUGAGGAGGCAGAAGAAGGAGUGAGUCCGGCCGCCUCUCCCGCCUCCUCUCUCACCCACAGCCCUGCGGCAGCCGAGUGGGGCCAGUACAUGGACGAAGCCAGCGGACAGGCUUUUUUCUAUAAUUCGGUAACAGGUGAGACGUCGUGGGACCCCCCGUAUACGGGCGACGGCGGCAGCUGCCCGGACAUGCGCCCGGGGGCUGCGCGGCACGGCUCCGCCGGGCAGCGGCCGCCCACGCCGGAGACGGACUAUCCCGACCUGUCUCCCGACGAGCUGGAGGGCUACCCGGAGGAGGACUACUCGCCCGUGGGCUCCUACGAGGCGGGCGCCUCGCCGUAUCUGCCCUCGAGGCGCUCCGGGGAGCUGGGCUCGCCGCCGGGCUGGUACGGGCCCGGCCACGCUGAGGGAGCCAUCUUCUACCCCGAGUACUACACCGCGGACACGGUGCCGGCGCCGGGCCGCCAUGACAGGGCCAGCAGCAGCUCCAGCCAGGACAGCGGGCUCUUCGCCGCCUGGCCCAACAGCACGCCGCCGGCGGUGCCGGGGCACAAGGAGGAGAAGUUCAAAAGCCUGGAGAAGGCCGGCGUGCUCAACCGCACCAAAACGGUGGACAGAGGGAAGCGGUUACGGAAAAACUGGAGCUCGUCCUGGACCGUCCUGGAAGGAGGGAUCCUGACCUUCUUCAAGGACUCGAAGCACUCGUCCGCCGGCGCCUUGAGACACCCUGCCACCCUGACCACGCCGGAGCACACGGUGGAGCUGCGAGGAGCCACCGUCGCCUGGGCCGGCAAGGACAAAUCCAGCAAGAAAAACGUCCUGGAGCUGAAGACGCGGGAGGGCUCGGAGUUCCUCAUCCAGCACGACUCGGAGCAGAUCAUCGUCACGUGGCAGAAGGCCAUCGUGGACAGCAUCGGGCGGCUGGGCGCAGACUUCCCUCUGGAAGACGACGUGGAAAAUGGGGCCGAAUUUGGGUCCAGGGAGAAACUGGGAGCCGGCGAGGAGAAGAGGACUGCAGCAUCCGGGCAGGCAAUGGGCAGCGCCGGCAGCGAGAGCGACUCCAGCAAAGUGCGCAACAAGCUGCGCAAGUUCCUGCAGAGACGGCCCACGCUGCAGUCGCUGCGGGAGCGUGGCUACAUCAAAGAUCAGGUGUUCGGCUGCUCCUUGCAAGUGCUGUGCGAACGGGAGCGGAGCACGGUGCCCCGCUUUGUCCAGCAGUGCAUCCAGACGGUGGAGAGGAGAGGUUUGGACAUAGACGGGCUGUACCGAGUCAGCGGCAACCUGGCGACGAUCCAGAAACUACGCUACAAAGUGGACCACGAUGAACACCUCGACCUGGAUGAUGGGCGGUGGGAGGACAUCCACGUCAUCACCGGGGCCCUGAAGCUGUUCUUCCGCGAGCUGCCGGAGCCGCUCUUCCCCUUCGCCCACUUCGACAAGUUCAUCGCUGCCAUCAAGAUGCAGGACCCGAUGCGGCGGGGCCGCUGCGUCCGCGACCUGGUGUAUUCCCUGCCGCCCGCCAACCACGACACCAUGGAAGUCCUCUUCCGGCACCUCUGCAGGGUGAUCGAGUACAAGGAGGAGAACCGCAUGUCGGUGCAGAGCGUCGCCAUCGUGUUCGGCCCCACGCUGCUGCGGCCGGCGAGCGAGGAGGGCAACAUGGCCAUGCACAUGGUCUUCCAGAACCAGAUAGUGGAGCACAUCUUGAACCAAUACAGCUACAUCUUCCCGGACAGCUAAGCCCGGCAGCAUGGGGACGUGCGGGGACAAGCGCAGCAGCAGCGACAUGAAGGAGCAGAAUCGCAAGGGAAGGACUCUCGGUGCUGCACGUCGAACGCUGGCCUGUCCUUGGACUAUGGACCAUGGCGGUGGUGACCGUUGGCUCAAUAAACGGGCAGUGCUGGAGCGCA